CUUUCUUUACACUGAAAACCAUGCAGCCAAGUGAUGGUUCAGGGCUUUACUUCCUCGUUCCUUCGAGCCCGUCUCCUCAUUCAUCCUAUUUCACCAGAACAACCAACAACAUGCAUGAUUUUCACGUAAACAUGUAUCUGAAUCCAUCAUGCAUCCACCCCCAGGCUCAGGAACUGAAUCUGCAGCUCCCGUGUUUCAGCAAUAACUCAACUUCCGACGAAGAGCAGCAACUAAGCAUCAUCAAAGAGAGAAAGCAAAGACGUAUGAUAUCAAACAGAGAAUCCGCAAGAAGGUCGAGAAUGAGGAAGCAGAGACACCUAGAUGAACUCAUGUCGCAGAUGGCUCGGCUCAGAAACGAGAAUCAGCAGCUCCUCCGUAAACUGAACCAGUUGUCUGAAAGCCAUGACCAUGUCCUCCAAGAAAACGUCAAGCUUAAAGAGGAAACCUCUGAGCUACGUCAACUUGUCGUCACUAUGAAGAUGAGAAGCCAUUAUUCUUCCUUGGAAGCCAUUAUCACUCAUCCAACAACUGAACUCUCGGACUAGCUGAGUUCUGUAUUAAAUCUGCCACUUGAUAUGUUUAUGUCAGAGCAAAACCAUCCAUUAUGAUAGUGUUAUCUUGGAUUAACAUUUAUUAAUGUCUGUGUCAUACACAGAAACAUGAGUACGUGAAACAUGAUAACGU